GCCAGUAAAUCUCAGUCAACAAUGCAGCAUUUUUCAGUCUCCGGUAUUUUUGGACGACGGUUAGUUGCAACUUAUAAUGAGUUUUUAGCCUUAUCCGCCGGCCAUUUUCAUUCCGGCAAAUUCCUUGGCGAGCAUGGUGCUCGUGGGGCUCUUCGUGGCUCGUCAGCUGUGUAUGGGUCUGGGCUACAUCUACCCGUUGUUUGCAUCGGUCGAAGCGCUGUGCACCCGUCGCGAACAAGAGCUGUUGCAAUGGAUCACCUUCUGGGCGGUGAACGCAAUCUUUUGGGUCUUGGAGACCGUGGGCGACACCGCCAUUUCCUGGGUGCCGUUCUACCUAGAAGCGAAGAUCGUGGCUCUAGCGUGGCUCGUGUUGCCAUCUUAUCGAGGUGCACUGCUGCUUCACCAAAAAUGGUUGGCUCCAGCUUUCCAGCAACACGAACAAGUCAUCGACUUCACUAUUGCCGACUUGAAGCGCCGAGCUGGAGAGAAAAUGGUGCAGGUCUGCAAAGAUACAGCGGUGAUCGCACUGAGAAACAGCUCGGAUGUCGUUGCGCAGAGCCAACAGUAUGUCGCGGCGCAACUGGUCCAACAGGCUUUGGGCAAAUUGCAACCUGCCCCUGUUAACACUACACCGAGUGAAAAUUUGCGUCUCCCUUCCCUUCUGUCCUCAAUGACUACAAGUGCAGAGUCGAAAGAAUGCGUUCCAGUGUCCCGAGCAGAGGAGAAAGAGUCUAAGACCUCAAAGAAACAAGCAAAAGACGAGUCUGAGCCACAGGAGAAGGCGACAACAGCCUUAAGUCGAACUGAAAAGGCCAAACAGGUGCUGGAUCACUUCAAGAAGCUCAUGGUGAAGGGAUUUCAGCUGAAAUAUCACCCGUCGGCUGGAGUUGUAAAGCACCGUGCGUUGCUGCUUGAGUCGUCGAAUGCUCGAUACGUGAGCUUCAUGAGUGCUAGAGAUACAGGAUCUAUCGACAGCAAGAAGAAAGCUGCACGACUACUGCUUCACAAUCUGCGGCGUGUAUCAGGCGCUGUGGUUGAGGAGUGUGCGUUAUUCGCCACCAUGGUCGAAGAGGAAGAAGUGGAUGCUUCUGUAGCUUUUGUCCUGGAUAAUGGUAAGGCUGUGAUGCUGUUUGAAGCCGAAUCUCACAAGAGUCGAGACUUGUUAGUCGCGGGGCUUCGUCUACUGAUCACGGAGCACAAGAAGCGCGAUACUGCAGCACUCAACAAGCUGUGCGCGGCAGUAGAACGCACCAUGAUGCACCAAACCUUCAUGCAACUCCGUGCCAAUGUUGAGCGACCGCGAAAGUAAAAAAAAAAAAAAAAAAAAUCGAACCGAUUUGCUGGAUAAAAUCGUUUGAAU